UUUUAAAAAUGAUGUUUGUUUGUUUAAUAGUGUAGGAAUUAUGAAGUGUAAAUAUAUAUGUUGGUAUUGGAAAGAUUAUUUCACACAACUAUAUAUAUAUAUAUAUAUUAACUAUCAAAAUAUAAAAAUAUAAAAGCAAAUAUAUAAAAGGGAUUUAAUCUAUAGUUAUUAUAAAGCUAUAUUAUUGCUUAUAUAAGAUAUACGAUGGUGUUUUUCGGUAAGAUAAUAGUCUCAUUUAGUUAAAUAUAAAGAUUUGUCCAGGACCAUACGAUGGCAUAUUCUAAAAAUAUUCUUUAUAGGUCCGAUAAAUAAACUCACAUGCUGUUAUAAUAAACGCUGAUGUCCUCUAAGUUGAUAAGGUUUGUUAUAAUAAAUAGGAUUAGGCCAAAACAUAAUAAAAGGAAAUGGUCCAAACAACCUUUAUAAGUAGAUUUACUAGAUUUUGAUCCGCGCUUAAGAAGCGCGGAUUUGAAGUUUUUAAUCUUUAAUAAAUUUUAAAUCUAGUAUAAUAUUUUUUGUUUCACAUUAUAACUAUUGACUUUUAAUGUUUUUAUUAUUCAUUAUUUUUUAUAAUGUGAGAUUUGUUUGAAAUAGAUUUAGAGAUGAUAUGUAUGUUUUUAGUAGUAAAGAUAUUCAUUAUUAAAAAUAUAUUUUAAUUAUUGAACUGUAUUAACCAAUGUUUUGAAAAUCUGAUCGGACUGUACGAUCGAACCAGUUGGAUCCUGACUCGCUCUUCUAACUGGUUCUGAGUUGUGCUAAAAACCGAAUUUGAGUUAAAUCGGACCUAGUUCAAUAUUAAAUCCAGUUUUCGCAAAUUCAAGUUAAAAAAUAAAAAAAUUGCAAAUUUUAAUAAGAUUUCAUCAAAAUUUAAUAUUGUUUUCUGCUACAUAUAUAAAUAAAUUAGUUUUAAUAUUUAAAUUUUUAAUUUUAUUUUUUAUAUCAGUUUUAAAAUAUAACAUUGAUAUAAUUUUAUAUCUAAAUUAAUUUAUAGUUAUACUUACAUAUAUAUAGUGACUUAAUUUAAAAUUAAUUAAAAUUAAGCGGUUAAACGGAUUAAACCGGUCUGACCAUUGACCCAGGUGCAAUGUUUGAAUCAGUGUCCUAUUCGGUUUUCAAAACAUUGUCAUUAACACACAAGCUAUCAAUUUUAAAUUAAAAAUGAAUUUUCCUCGCAUAUAUUUAUAUCAUAGUUACAAUUAUCAAUUUACAUUAUUAUAAAACCAAUUAUUUUUAGUAUUGAUAUAGUUUUCAAUUUCAGAUAUUAAAUUUGUGAUAACAUUUCAUAAAAAGAGUCAAGAAAUACAUGAAUAACAUAUCACUUAAAAAGUGCAAUGAACAUUGUUAAGUUUGUAAUACAAAGGUAUGCAUCAUAUGUUCGAUAAUCUAUAUGUUGGGUCCAAAAAUAUGUACAUUAAUAUUAAUCCGUUUGUUAUGACUAUUUCCUUAAGUUAUUUUUUGUAUUGAAAAAAUAAUAAUAAAAUCUUUAGGUAAAAUAUCAUUAUUAGUUACAAUAUUUCUUUUUGUGCAUUAAGUAAAUUAUGAGUUGAUGUAUGGAAUAUUACUUUGGCUUAAAAAUAGGCUGAAUUAUAUGGUGUUAGUCUAACUAAUAGGUCUAAACAACCUUGAAUAAGUAAAUUUUUUUAAGAAUGCUUUCCUUUUAAUAGUAUAGAUUAAAACUGUUUCCUUUUUAAUAGAAUAGAUGGAAAACCGUUAAUAUAUACACUCUCUCGACGGUUCACUUUAAACCAGUCUCUAAUAUACCAAGACAUCGACGGAGUUAAACCAUUUAUCCAAAUUAAGAAACUAAAUUAAUAAUUAAUUAAAUGAUAUUUUAUCAGAUCAUGCUAUGAUUAUCUGUAGUUCUGUACCAAUUUACAUUACGACAUCACUCGAAAUUUAAGCACUAGAGUCAAAUCAAAUGAAUUCAUAUUUUCUUCCUUGUUUACGAGUUUGCUGUUUUGGUAUUUUCUUGAACACUUUCCAAAGCACUUGCUCUUCGUUUUUUCAAUUUCAUUGACAUGUAGGAGUAUUACGUAUCAAUGUCAUAGAUAAGAUAACCAUGUCAAUUCUGAUUAACUAAUAAUUAUAACCUAAAUUUACGUUAAGUCACAGACACACAACUAUGUUAAGCUCAAUCAUCACAUAUAAAUAUUACAAUUUUCUUAUUAAAAUUAAUCAAGUACCCUAGAGUCCUAUAUAAGUUCGAGUCAGCAAAAAGUAAUAUCAAGGUUAACUAGACAUUUUUUUAGCAAAAGAAAAAAAAAAGGUUAACUAGACAUUUCCACGGAUUUUUAUAUCAAGGAUGACAGUAAAAAAAAAAAAAGUAAGCGGUAGCCAGUACCUUAACGAUAAACAAACCCCUGAGUUUAAUCCCUAAAAACUAGCAUCAUCACAUACUAUAUGUGUAUUUUUAACUCGGCUUUCGUUAAACUUGGGUUACUUGGACGCUAAACUAGUGGUAUGAUUUUCAUUUCACAUUUGCCAAGUCAAUUCCAAAUAAUAGGAUUAAUUUAAAAAUCUUUUUAUUUAGUUAUUGAUCAUUACACUAACAGAAUAAUAAUGAAAGACAAUAUACCGUUUUUUAUGUUCUCAUUAAAAAAACAAUACAGCCUUCGGACAUCUGGGUCAACGCCAACGAUGUAAUAGGAAAAAGAUUUGACAAUCUACUAAUGACUAAUCAAACAUCUAAAAAUAGCGAUGCAUAUAAUGUUUUACUCCACUCUCACAUCUAAUAAUAAGAACCUGUAGCAUUCACUGCUAAUCUUUCUCUUUCACAGACUUAAAUCAACAACUAAAACAAAACAGAAAAAUAACGAAAGAAGAGGAAGCAGAAGAAGAAGAGUGAAUUAACAAAACUAAACACCAUUACACUGUGAUGAGGAUCUUUCAACCGACCCUAUUAUCGUUCGCCGCGACCAUCAUCUUAUUUUACAUAUCGCCCGUCGCAACCGCUUCUUAUAGUGGGUCCCGGCAACUUCUUUACGUCCGAGACGACCCAAUAACGAUACCUCCAUACUUCGUCUUCGAAAACGUACGGCUCGAGAGAGCUUACGUGGCGUUACAAGCGUGGAAGCGGACCAUGAUCUCUGACCCGUGGAAUCUAACGUUAAACUGGUUCGGACCCCGUGUGUGCGACUACAACGGAGUGGUAUGCUCUGAAUCCCUCGACGACCCUUCCAUCAACAAAACUGUCUCCGGCGUCGAUCUGAACCAUGGAGAUAUCGCCGGUCAUCUUCCGGAAGAGCUUGGUCUCCUCACAGACAUUGCUCUGUUUCACGUCAACUCGAACCGGUUCUGUGGGACCCUCCCACUCGGGUUUUCGCAGCUGAGUCUCCUUUUCGAGCUUGAUCUCAGCAAUAACCGGUUCGCUGGUAAAUUCCCGGAAUUGGUUAUCGGUUUACCGAAACUAAAGUACCUUGAUCUCCGGUACAACGAAUUUGAAGGGGGAUUACCAGAAUCUCUAUUCGAAAAAGACCUUGACGCUUUGUUUCUGAAUAGUAACCGGUUCACUAGUAAAAUCCCGGUUAACAUGGGGAGUUCCCCGGUAUCGGUUCUAGUUUUGGCGUCAAACCGGUUUGACGGAUGUAUACCGACGAGUUUCAGCAAGAUGGGUAAGACUCUGAACGAGAUCAUCCUGAUGGAUAACGGUUUACAGUCAUGUCUACCCAAUGACAUGGGGCUGCUUCAAAACGUCACCGUAUUGGAUAUUAGUUACAACUCUCUUGUCGGAGAGUUGCCGGAGUCAAUGGGUCAGAUGGAGAGUCUAGAGGUGUUAAACGUAGAGCGUAACAUGUUCUCCGGUGUAAUACCGGAGGAGAUCUGUUUGCUUAAGAAUCUUAGAGAAUUCAUAUACGGGUCUAACUACUUCACUGGAGAACCACCAACGUGUCGUUAUCUAGAGACUUAUAAUAGCACGAUGAACUGUCUCAAGGAUGUGAAAGUGCAGAGGUCGGCGACCGAGUGUAAAGUGUUUUUGUCGAAGCCUGUGGAUUGUGACUCCUACAAGUGUAGUCCUGUCACUUCUUCGUGUGUUUGUCCAGGCCAUCUUUCUCCUCCUCCACCUCAGAUAUCACCGUUUUCUCCACCAUCGGCGCCGUAUCUUCCACCAGCGCCGCAGCCGUCUCCGAGUGCUUAACAGGCCGGCUCUUCCUCGCAGCCACCGGUGAACUGAUCGAUCUAUUGUAGAGACUAGAGAAGGGCAUGUGUUGAAACGAGAUUGUUUAGAGCCAGAGGAAAUUUGUUUGAGACAGCAAGCUGCAAAUCUAUAUGACAAAGUGUAGGAUUUGUCUCCUUUAAUAGAUUUUGCAUGUGCGUGUUUAUUUUUAACUUUACAUAAUUUUUUAUUAUAUGAUUCUUGUUUGUUAAGCCUUUUCAGGUUCAUUAAUAAGAACGAACGGUGGCAAUCAUUUGACCGCACAUAUCACUUGACCACCUCUUGUCCCCACCAAACUACUAACCUCAUCAUUAAAUUACAAAAUAUAAAAAAAUCCAUCUAAUACCACGCAAACUAUAUAAUUCUACUUAAUUAUACCAUUAAAUUUCGACUCGUUUAAUUUCUAAAAGUUUUAUAAUGUUUACGUGAUUUGUAUCCUUAUUCCUUAAUAACACAAAAAUAUUCAGAAAAGAGUUGAUACGUGUGACGUGUUAUUAAGGGUCCAAAACAUGAAGCUUAUCUCUAUGAUCAACGCUUAUCUUUUUUUUUUUGUGUGUAAAUACGUAAACUAAUUACAAUCCAAAUGUUCAAAGAUUUUUAAUUAUUCAAAAUUUCAAAGUUGUCGCAUAGCUUCGGAGUUUUAAAAUGGGCCAAGCCCAAAACACUCACACUCGUCUUCAAACAAAUCGGCACCCUCACAACAAGUCACAAAUUCGUCUUCGAAAUAUCUCUCUAACAGCGAUAAUGGCGGAAUCACCGGCGCAGAGUGGUGCGGAGCUGGUUCCUCAGCAAGCUGAAUCGGAUCUGGCAUCUCUCGUAUUCGAAAUGUCACAGCAAGUUCAGAUGGGGAUGGAGAAUAUGCUCAAGUUGGUUAACGAGAUCGAUCAAAACUCUGUUGGAAUAAAGGAAGAGAUUGAGAAAUCAAAGGAUUAUGCAAUGGAGAAGAAAAGGGUUCUCGAGGAAGAGAAAGAACAGUUCCAGAAAGCUGC